AUGGCCGACGAACCCGCCCUCCCACGCCUCCUUCCCUCCAUCACCUGGAACGCGCAAACCGAGCGCUUCAGCAAUAAUCCCAAGAAGCGCAGAUACCACUUGAGGAACCCCUCGACAGGGCCCGCUUCCUACUCCAACUCCAGCGAUCCUGCCGUCUUCUCCAGCGAUGACGACCCCGGUCUGGAUAACUACGUCGAGGGUCGACGGAAGAAGCGCUAUGUCGGAGCCUGGUACGAGCAGCAACCCGUUGCGUCAUCGGACUCCGCGACUGGAGAGCCGCGACCGGCGUUGAGGGGCAAGCGGAGGGCUUUCAGGCGCGACAUGGAUAGUGGUGUCUUCAUGGGCAGCGACAGCACCGAUGGAGACGAGAGCAUCAUGAUGCCCGACAUACCGACCCAGGCGAGGCUGCCCCAGCUGAACAUCAUGCCCCCGACUCCUCGUCGCCGCAAUGAUGUCUCUGCGAUGGAGCAGGAGGCGCGGGAAAAGAUUCGGACAUUUAUGGACGAAGGGGAUGAGAGCAUCGAUCUCUCAAACAUGGGCUUAAAGACACUGUCGGAUGCGACAAUUCGACUCUUGUCCGAGUUCAUUUGCAUCCCUGUCGUCGCCGAGGGAGUGCCUUUCGAGCACAAGGACCCGGAUUUGAAGCUAUACCUGUACCGUAACCCGUUACUUCGGGUCCCUGGCGCCAUCUUCGACCUAGAGCACGUGACCGUGCUCUCGCUGCGUGGAUGUAGGCUUCGAGAGCUGCCUCCAGCGAUCGGCAAGAUGCGCAAGCUGAGGACAUUGAACCUAGCGCAGAAUCUGCUCAGAUGCCUUCCCGCCGAAGUGCUUGACUUGAUGACCUCCUCUUCAGCCCUAGGAGAGUUGCUUCUUCAGGGCAACCAGUUCUUUCGGACAACUGACCUGCCGCGUCUGAGCGACUUGGGAGACUUUGGCGCCGACGGCUCAGUGGAAAAGGAGCUGUUCGAGAGUGGGACGCUGGCAUCGAAUGGGAUCGCGGCGAGGUACUUCGCACGGUCUCCGGUUCAGUAUAUGGACACGAGGAGAGUUACCUGGUCAGAGUUCGUCCUGGACCCUGAGGCAGUUGUGGUACCGACGGAACGUCACGAAAGCGCUGAGAAUUCGUCACUGGUCACGCCACCUUGCUCAGCUCCAUCGCAGUCGAAAGCGGCGGGAAGAAGCACCUUAGAUGCCCGAGGAAGUCGUGUCCCCAGCUUGAUGGAGAAGGCGCUUCGCAGCGCCUACGGCAGCUCCGACCUCAGCGAACUGCCGGAGUACCUUCCUCCCCAGCUGGACCAUCUUAGUCGGCUUUUAGAGCAUGCCGCUAAUGUGAAGGCGGCGGGAGGUACGGUGUGCUUCGCGUGCAAGAAGCCUUUCGUGGUGCCGACGGCGCAAUGGCUGGAGUGGUGGCAGGUCUGUACGGUUGAGAAGACCCAGAGGGACGGUGAAAACUUCCUGAAGGCACGACCUUGGACCGACCUGUUGGAGGAGAACGAUGGUGCUGUGCCGUUCCUACGGAGAGGGUGCUCGUGGAAAUGUUGCCCCGCUGAUAUUGCGGAGGGAAAGUGGUCAACCCAAUAG